GCCUCUGUCGGUGUGACGUAUUUUUCAGGGGACGAAUAUUCGGAAAAACAAGCGACAAUGGGUCAAAACCAAAGUGGCGGCCAUGGUCCCGGAGGCGGGAAGAAAGAUGACAAAGAUAAAAAGAAGAAAUAUGAGCCACCCAUUCCCAGUCGAGUCGGGAAGAGGAAGAGGAAGUCUAAGGGACCCGAUGCUGCUAGCAAGUUGCCAUUAGUGACCCCUCACACACAGUGUCGACUGAAGCUCCUGAAACAAGAGCGGAUCAAAGACUACCUGUUGAUGGAGGAGGAGUUCAUCAGGAACCAGGAGCAGAUGAAGCCUCUAGAGGAGAAACAGGAGGAAGAAAGGUCAAAGGUCGAUGACCUGAGAGGGACCCCCAUGUCUGUGGGAACCUUGGAGGAGAUCAUAGAUGACAACCAUGCCAUUGUGUCCACAUCUGUGGGCUCAGAGCACUAUGUCAGCAUCCUGUCAUUUGUGGACAAAGACCUGUUAGAGCCAGGCUGCUCUGUACUUCUCAAUCACAAGGUGCAUGCAGUCAUUGGUGUCCUGAUGGACGACACUGAUCCCCUAGUGACGGUGAUGAAGGUGGAGAAGGCUCCACAGGAAACAUACGCAGACAUCGGAGGUCUGGACGCUCAGAUCCAGGAGAUCAAGGAAUCCGUAGAGCUCCCCCUCACACACCCAGAGUAUUAUGAAGAGAUGGGCAUUAAGCCACCCAAAGGAGUCAUCCUGUACGGGGCGCCAGGCACAGGUAAGACACUCUUGGCUAAAGCUGUGGCCAACCAAACGUCUGCCACAUUCCUGCGUGUUGUCGGGUCCGAACUCAUCCAGAAGUACCUUGGCGACGGGCCCAAACUGGUCCGUGAGCUUUUCCGAGUGGCAGAGGAGCACGCUCCCUCCAUCGUCUUCAUCGAUGAGAUCGACGCUAUUGGAACAAAGAGGUACGACUCAAACUCUGGCGGCGAGCGAGAGAUCCAGAGGACAAUGCUGGAGCUUCUUAACCAGUUGGACGGCUUUGACUCCCGAGGUGAUGUCAAGGUCAUCAUGGCCACCAACAGAAUUGAGACACUGGACCCUGCCCUGAUUCGGCCAGGUCGGAUCGAUCGUAAAAUUGAGUUCCCGCUUCCGGAUGAGAAAACUAAACGCAGAAUCUUCCAGAUCCACACCAGCCGCAUGACCGUAGCUGGCGAUGUGACCUUAGAUGACCUCAUUCUGGCCAAGGAUGACCUUUCCGGAGCAGACAUAAAGGCUAUUUGCACGGAGGCAGGGCUGAUGGCACUGAGGGAGAGGAGGAUGAAGGUGACGAACGAGGACUUCAAGAAGUCAAAGGAGAACGUGCUCUACAAGAAGCAGGAGGGCACGCCAGAGGGGCUGUACCUUUGAGUUCACUGUCAGUGUAAUAUUCUUUUUUUGUGUGUGAUAUAACAUUUGCUCUGAGACCUCUAUAGCUGUCUGCCAGUCAUUUUUCUCUGUGCUUAAAAAUAAAUUUCCGAAACCAAA